AUGAUGCACGGUUUUAAGUUUUCCAGGUUGUUUUUUCCUUCUGUUUUUGGGUCUGAGCUUUUGUGGCUUCUAACUAAAUCUAUUGUAUCCAGUUUUCUUCUUAUUAGGACUUCGGUGAAAUAUCAUUCCAUGCACCACCCAGCCCCAACUAUCACCACCCUCGCAGUCGUAGACACUACACCACCCAGCAGGCCAGCACCAUCCAACGGCACCCCAGCGCCACCAACAGGACCAAUCUGGCCACCUGCAACACCGUUUGUGGCCACCCAUAGCAGUACUGCUGCGUUUCUGGCCUGGCCACCCACAACACAGCAGCCACUGGUUGGCCUUCUUCCAGUGCUCUUCCUCGUUCCCAUCCACUUGAGUUCAGGUUGGUUUGCAUUAAGAAGUUUAGCUAUUUUGUUGGAGAAGGCACUAUAACUUUGCUAUCAGUUUAAUGACAAUUCAUUUUUAUUUUCAGUUGUGUUGACUGUUGAACUAUUAAACUUCUUUAAUUGUCGUAUUUGAAUUCUGUUGUCGUUAAAUUUCAUUAGAUCAAGACUUUGUUAGAUAUUGUGUAUUUUGGUUUGUCGAUUUCAAU